GAUAGCAGACGACUAAGGAAAACAGAAAUGGCGACGAUAGUGAGAGUCAAACGUAGAAGGCAUGAUGAUCCACUGGAUAGCCUAGUUUUGGCUUGCAAAAAACCAAAACGGGUUAGUCAGCCUUUAGGUGUGGACGAUGACGACGACGAAGAAGUAAAAAGUAUAUUUUCAUUUGCCGGAACCGUUCAGAAAAAGAAUGAGCCAGUUUCACGCCAUGUUAAGGAAGCCAUCAGAAAGAAAAAAUUAGAGAAAGAGUACAAACAGCACAGCACAGACUUUCUGAAAAGUGCUCGAAGAAAACAAAAAGAUGUCAUCAAAAACAACAGGUUUAAAGUUACUGCAGGUCAUAGGUCAAUGGACCUUAACAAUCUGGAUGUUGCAGAUGACCAGACUUCACAUGGUGCAUGUAAAGGCACAGAAGUGGAACAAAAAGAUACUGGACUUAAUGAUACCAGUUUUGAAAAGUGGACACAGAAAUGUUAUCAAAUUUAUGAUUUGGAGGAGGAGGAGGAGGAGGAUGCAUCAAAAGAAAAACAAGCAGAGGCCAUCUCAUCCCAGUCAGCAGUAGCAUGUAAUGGAGUUCCAAUGAUCAGAGAGAAAAUCCCCCAGAGUGAGCCACAGGACACAGACUUUGUGUACGACAUCUACUACUCCAACUGUGCAGACUUUGAUUUCCGCAGCCUGGAGAACUUGUUAACGGUGGAAGCUUAUGGGGAAGAGUAUGUGUAUGACGACUACAGGGAGCCCAUGGAUAGGGAGAUUUAUGAGGAUGAGGAUGACAGUAACGAGGAGGAUAACUGGAGGAAUGACUACCCAGACGAGGAUCCUGAGGAAGGAGGAGCUGGUGAUGGAUUUGAGAGUGAUGGUGAACCAUUAUCCAGAAGACUGGUCAGGGGCUUGAGACUGGGAGAUGAAGAUUUGUCCAGCGAUGAAGAGGACCUUGCCUGUUUUGGACAGGGUCUAUACACCACAUCAUGGACACCACAAUCUUCCUAUGAGAACUACAGGAGGAAAAUGGCCUCUGGACUGUAUGAGGAUGAUGAUGGCUAUGACAUUGAUGAGAUUGAUGAAUAUAGCUGAUAUAGCAGGAUGAGUUGUGUGAUGAGUGUUAUAAGGAAUCGGAUAACUUUACUUGAUUUUAUCUUUAAUUUACUUGGCAUUUAUUAAUUAAAUUCAUGCCCUCAAACAAAGUUCUGUUUUUAUUCAGUCACAUUUCAAAGGUCAUCCCUUGAAUCUGGUAGUUACAAGAGUCUUGAGGUUUCAAAGUUACAAUUCCGCGUACAGGUAUAAGAGUUUGGAAAGCUGCAAACCUUUGAGAAUACGUCCACUGCUAGCUAUGCCUAAAAAUUUUGUUUGCAAAUUCCAACAGGAAAUGUAAGUUUAUGUGAGAAGAGUAUUUGAAAGUAACUAAAUUGUUAAAUAUAUGUAAAUAUGAAAGUUAGAAAUAAGACGGUAUUGGAAUAUGCCUGAGUAUACUGUAUAUGUAAGGUGUUUGAAGCUUGUGAUCAUGAGCAACUGCCAAAAACAACGUAGAGCUGUGUUUUAUAUAUAAAACUGACGAGACUAAUAUCUAGUGUGUACUGUACUAGUACACAUAUAUGAUGUGAUCAUGACCUGGUCAAAAUUGAUUAAUACAGAUGAAUUUAUUAACAUUCAAAUGUGUGAUGAGGUCAAAGAAUGUAUUGUUUAAUGGAUUCCAUUUUCUGCAUAUUAUAAAGUUCUUAGUGAACCUUCUGUUCAGUAUCUCAGCAUUAGGAACAUAUUUUAUUGGGGCACAUGGGAGGAAGAAAGUCUAGAUUUGGGGUGGGUCUUGCCAUUCGGAAGAUCCAUUGGCCCAAUGAUUCAUCGGUCCCAAUACUUGCAACAUUUUCAUCCGUCUUUCAAUGAGAGUUUGUUGGUUCAAAGGUUCUAUAGGUUUAAUUAGUGAACAUUUGAACCAGUGAACCUUUGGACUAUUGUCAUACACCCAUGCUAUGUACAGGGAGUUGCUUCGUGCAGAUAUCUUUUUGAGUGUACUGUGUGUAAAAAAAAGACAAUGACUGGAGUACAUGUACCUAUCUACCAGUAUACUGGUAUAUGCAACACACUUUCGGCUAAUGGGUUCCACAACCUUGAACUUAAAUACUAAAGGAAAAGGACAAGCAGAGUCAGCAAAAUUUGCGAAAUAGAAAUCUGUCUUGCAGGAUUGCUGUGCUACAUGGUACUACACAUUAGGAAUUUAUUUAGAAAAACUAUAUAUGGUAUUAUUAUAUAGUAUUGGGCAAUUUAGUCACAUUGGGUCCCAUAUUUAUACAUAAUUUCCUUGGAUAUUUGUCUUUAUCACCAACUACAACUACAUUCUAAACCAUUGAGAAAAGUCCUAUCAAUAAACCCAUUUUCAAAUUCUGAAUUCUGAUUCUAUCUGUCAUUACAUUUAAAAUUCACUCUACGUGAAUGACAAAAAGUAGAAACUUAUCGCUAGAUCUUUAACAAUGGUUUUAUAUAUUGUAUUUCUGUUUGGCUGUUUUUGGAUACGACUUUUCUUGGUGAUUAAGGGAGAAGUGUUGGCAUUUUCAGGAAAAAAAAUUAAAAGUGCUUUGUUAGGACUAACUCUUUGUGUUUUCUAAAAUAUAUGGUUAUUUUAUUAACCGUAACAUGAAGCCAAACCAUUGACUAGUAAUUUCACGAUCUACAUUUGAGAGGGUGUGGGCAACCAUUGCUGUUAUGCUCAAAUCUCAGUGUGCGUGCCUCAACAGAAACUGAGACCCGCCAAAUUAGUUUGGCAGGCCCUAGCCAGAUAUCACAUAGGAUCUAUUUGAUAGAAUGGUUGCUUACGCAAUUGCACAAUAGGGGGCGCGGCGGGAUAGAGCGUCUGCUUACGCAUAUGCACUAUAGGGGGCGAUACUGCUGUGUCCACGGGUGCUGACUAAUCUAACCAUAGCAAUUAAAAUGUUUUCUGAUAUUUAACAUAAGAAGUUAAGCUGUCAUUAAGUCGUAAGC